AUUACUGUUUGAGGGAAUACAUCAUGUGAGCAGGUUGACAGUCCUGCAAAGCCAAGGGUGGCUAAAAAUGGGUCUAUUUAUUACAAGCAUUUCUAAGAAGCCAGAGUUCAUCAGAGCAGAGCUUGGCUUCAGAAGCUCUCUCUGCCUCAAGCCUUGAAGGGAAAGAGGGAGAGAAAGAGAGGAAUUGUUGUUGACAUUGACCAUGUCUAAAGCUUGUAAACCUUUGUUUUGUUGGCAGUGGCUAAAAAUGGAGCCAGGAGCAACAAAUGCUCAACAACAGAAAAAAUCUUUCUCCACAAACAUUGCCUCAUAAUUUGGCAAGGCGAAGUCCAUCUCUGCUGUCAAUUCCUUUUCCUCCACUGAUAUUCGAGGAAACAAAGUAACGAACUCCGGUUUCCAGAUAUAACAGCAUUACCCUUAUUUUUCAAAGAUCCUUUGUUGGUUCAUUUUUCUGAACAUCCCUCUCAUCCAGGAGGGAUGGAGAUAGAAAAGAAACCAAAAACAUAUCAAACCAAUCUUUUUCUAUCUUCCCUUUUGUCAUCGUCGCCAUCAUUGUCAUCGUCGCCAUCGAUGGCUAUCCUCCUGGUGCUCCUCUACACCUUCAUCUCUUGCCCCACCAUUUUUGCCUUGUCCAGCUCCGGUCCCUUCACUCCCCAAGAUAACAUCCUCAUUGAUUGUGGUACCAACUCUCCAGCCACACUCCCUGAUGGAAGAGUCUUCAAAACUGACCAACAAGCCUCUCAGUUCUUGAAAACCAAGGAAGGUGUUCAAGUAUCUGUUCCCUCUGCUGAUGUUCCUUCACCUUUAUAUCUAACCGUGAGGGUUUUUGUUCAAGAAGCCACCUAUACAUUCCAGUUAUCACGACCUGGUUUUCAUUGGGUGCGUCUCCAUUUCUUUCCAAUAAAAGCUAGCCAGUUUGAUCUUCAACAAUCAACAUUCUCUGUCUCCGCAGAUAAGUAUGUUCUCCUUCACAACUUCAAGGUUGACAAUAACACUACACGCAUCCUCAAGGAGUACCUUCUUAACAUGAAUGAUCCUACAUUAACCCUCAAGUUUACUCCUAUGAAGAAUUCAGUGGCUUUCAUAAAUGCCAUUGAGGUUGUUUCAGCCCCGGAUAGCUUGAUUGCCGAUGAAGGCACUUCCCUUUUCCCCGUUAACAACUUCGCUGGUUUGUCCAAGUACAGUUACCAAGUCGUGUACAGGCUUAACAUGGGAGGACCUCUGAUCACCUCGCAGAAUGACACGCUAGGUCGGACUUGGACACCUGACACCGAUUAUCUCCAAGACAAAAAAUUUGCUAAGAACGCCUCUGCUGCCACAACUACUAUCAAAUACCCUGGGACUUUGACACCACUCAUUGCACCAGCAACAGUUUAUUCAUCUCUUAUUCAGAUGGCUGAUGCAAAAACAGUGAGACCAAACUUCAAUGUCACAUGGCAGUUAGAAGUGGAUACAGCAUUUGAUUACAUGAUUCGGAUGCAUUUUUGUGACAUUGUUAGCAAGGCACUCAAUGACCUCUAUUUCAAUGUAUACAUUAAUGGUAAAAUGGCCAUUUCUGGAUUGGACUUGUCCAGCCUAACUGGUGGGUUGGCUGUUCCAUACUACAAAGAUAUUGUGGUGAAUGCUUCCCUCUUCACCAAUGGACUAACAGUUCAGAUUGGUCCAUUGAAUCAGGAUACGGGUUUGACUAAUGCAAUUCUUAAUGGCUUGGAGGUCUUGAAAAUAAGCAACUCAGUUGAUAGUUUGGAUGGGGAAUUUGGUGUUGACGGAAGGACGGGCAUUGGCAAUAAGGGCACAGUGGCUGCAGUCGGGUUUGCCAUGAUGUUUGGUGCCUUUGUGGGUCUUGGUGCAAUGGUUAUUAAAUGGAAGAGGAGACCCCAAGAUUGGCAAAAGAGGAAUAGCUUUUCUUCAUGGCUCCUCCCACUCCAUGCUGGAGACACUAGCUUCUUGAGCAAGACCUCUGUUGGUUCUCACAAAAGCAACUUUUACUCAUCAACCCUGGGCUUAGGCCGUUAUUUCUCUCUGUCAGAGUUGCAAGAAGCAACCAAGAACUUCGAUUCAAGUGCUAUAAUUGGUGUUGGUGGAUUUGGCAAUGUCUAUCUGGGUGUGAUUGACGAUGGGAGCAAAGUUGCUGUCAAGAGAGGGAACCCACAAUCUGAACAAGGUAUCACAGAGUUCCAGACAGAAAUCCAGAUGUUGUCAAAGCUAAGGCAUAGGCACUUGGUGUCACUGAUUGGUUACUGUGAUGAGAACAAUGAAAUGAUCCUGGUCUAUGAGUACAUGUCCAAUGGACCUUUCAGGGAUCACCUAUAUGGAAAAGAGUUGCCACCAAUAUCAUGGAAGCAGAGGCUGGAGAUUUGUAUUGGAGCUGCUCGUGGACUUCACUACCUUCACACCGGUACUGCACAAGGGAUUAUUCAUCGUGAUGUAAAGACCACCAAUAUUUUGCUUGAUGAUGCCUUUGUUGCCAAGGUUGCUGAUUUUGGGCUGUCAAAAGACACUCCCAUGGGACAGAAUCAUGUUAGUACUGCAGUGAAAGGCAGCUUUGGGUACUUGGACCCUGAGUACUUCAGGAGGCAGCAAUUGACAGAAAAAUCAGAUGUGUACUCAUUUGGGGUGGUUCUGCUUGAAACCUUGUGUGCAAGGCCUGCCAUUAACCCACAAUUGCCAAGAGAGCAGGUUAACUUAGCUGAAUGGGCAAUGCAGUGGAAGAGGAAGGGCUUACUUGAAAAGAUCAUUGAUCCCCAUCUUGUCGGUGCCAUCAGUCCUGAAUCAAUGAAGAAGUUUGCUGAGGCUGCGGAGAAGUGCUUGGCAGAAUAUGGUGUGGACAGGCCUACAAUGGGAGAUGUUUUGUGGAACUUGGAGUAUGCCUUGCAGCUGCAAGAAGCAUUCACAGAAGGAAAAUCAGAGGAUGAGACCAAGUCAUCAACCACUGCCGCUGCCUCCCCUUCCAUUGUGGUUCCAUCCAGCAGUUCUCCAUCUGAAAACAACCGCCCAGUCUCUCAUCCAGAGGACAACAAGGGUCCAGCUAAAGUUCAGGCCAUGGAUGACCACUCAGGAACUGCAAUGUUUGCACAAUUUCAAGGGCUAAAUGGUAGGUAAAAACUGGGACAUAACUACCAUUUCAAGAAGCCUUGGGGCAGGCGUUUCUUUUCUGCCAUAAAAAAAAAAAGUGCAAAUGCUAUAUGUAACGAUUAUUUCAUCUAAGCUCUCUCUGGCUCACCUCUCUUUCAUUCAUUCUUGUGUGGGGAGUACUCAAUUUCGUAGACAAAGAGACUUCUACCAAAAAAAAAUACAGUAUCAUGAUUAUUGUACUGGUGUCAGAUUCAAACA